UCUCUCCAAUUAGAGGAUGGAGAGAGAUCCGUGGAAACAGGAGAAAAGAAAAUGGAGCCAAGCAUUGCCAGCCACAGAGUAGGGCCAAAAAAAGACCCGUCGAUCUAUCGAGCUCUGCUUGUGGUGGCCACUAACUAGGGCAAGGGAAGCGUGACGUUCACUCCACGCGGCCCAUGCGGCACUCCUCACUGGCGCACGCGUCUUCUUCCUCCUUUGCCGGCGGAGGCGCUGCCGCUUGGUUGCUCAGCUGGCAUGCGCGGCUCUCUUCCGCGAGAGCCCGCGCCAACCGCAGCUUCUCGAAAGCGAUCGUCGUCGCCGCGGCGGAGGGCCCAUCCUGCCUCUUCGUCGGGUCUAUCGAGACCGCGAGCAAGGAGAUGCUUGAAGCGCUCUAUCAACAGGCUCGGGAUUCCUAUUAUAGCGGUAAACCCUUGAUUUUCGAUGACAUGUUUGAUAAAGUAGAGUUAAAACUACGUUCAUAUGGCUCAAAAUCUGUUGUCAAGUAUCCUCGUUGUAGUCUCAUGCGACAAUCGACAUAUGCAGAUGCCGAGGAAGAUCCUUCUCAGGUUUUGGCAUUAGCAACUGUGUGGACUUUGUUACUUGCUCUAGGCAGCUCCGCCUAUCUCAUCCCCACAAUCCUUACCAUCAGCAUAGCUCUUGAAGAUGGUUUCAGUUCAAAAUCCUUCAUAAGCAGCAGGAAUUAUCCAUUUGAUUUAGUUCCAAUGUUGAACAGUGCUUUGUUCACUGUAUUCGGAUUUGCAAUUGGUUAUCCCAUUGCAUCAUCGUCUGUCCUAGCUCUGAAAGACCUCUGGAUGAAGCACUUAGUGGCAUUAAAAGGCGCAUGCCCAAAUUGUGGGGAGGAGGUCUUUGCAUUUGUGAAGGCUGAAAAUUCUAUUCUCUUUCCACAUGGUACCCAAUGUCAUGUCUGUAAAAGUAGAUUGGAGUUUCGUGGUAAGGUUGAGCGAUCGAUAUCUAGGCCUGAGCAGCGCUGGGUUUACGGUCGGGUUUACCUUUGUCCCAACAGCACAUGCUAGAAGCUUCUGGUCAAUAUGUACAGUGCAUUCUUUCAUCAUCCAUUGAAAAUGGGGUAAUUCUCAUUUAACUCCUUCACUUUUUCCUAAAUAUCAUAUAGCCUUUUUGAGAUUUGGCAAAAUAUCAAAUCUCACCUUGUGUUUAUUUAAUAUUUAAUAAUAACAUGGACUCUUUUGCACUUGAAAAAUAUAACAAUAAAAGUCCUAUCAAAAUUUAAAAUUUUAUAAGAGCUGUAUUAUUAUUUUUUAGAUAUUUGUGAUGGAGAUUACAUGCUCUAAAUUCUAGAUUGAAAUCAUUGCAAUUAAGGAUAGGCCCUUUCUUUA